UUACUUGCCAGGAAAAACAAGCUGAAAGUAACUGGACAUCAUCUUGUGAUCGGCUGAGACCAACACUGACACCUGCAGGAGUUGUAUACAAAGAGAAGAGCCCCAGGCUGGGACUUGGAUGGAAAAGUGCAUUCAGGCAACAGAAAAAAUGAGUGAUCAUCUGGAAGAGGGUUCUUUCAUGUUCACUUCAGAGUCCGUAGGAGAGGGACAUCCAGACAAGAUUUGUGACCAGAUCAGUGAUGCUGUCCUGGAUGCACAUCUGAAGCAGGAUCCCGAUGCCAAAGUGGCUUGUGAGACGGUGUGUAAGACUGGCAUGGUGUUGCUCUGCGGAGAGAUCACAUCUCGGGCCGUUGUGGACUAUCAGAGGGUGGUGAGGGACACCAUCAAGCACAUCGGCUACGACAACUCGGAGAAAGGUUUCGACUACAAGACAUGUAAUGUGCUGGUGGCUCUGGAGCAGCAGAGUCCAGACAUUGCUCAGGGGGUCCAUGUUGACCGGAAAGAAGAAGACAUUGGAGCUGGAGACCAGGGUCUGAUGUUCGGCUAUGCCACAGAUGAGACGGAGGAGUGCAUGCCGCUCACCAUCGUCUUAGCUCACAAACUCAAUGAAAAGAUGUCUGAACUUAGACGCAAUGGCAUCGUUCCCUGGCUGCGUCCCGACUCUAAAACACAGGUGACCGUGCAUUAUGACCAGAAGAAUGGAGCUGUGAUCCCCAGGAGAGUUCACACCAUUGUGAUCUCUGUCCAGCACGAUGACGGCGUCACUCUGGAGGAACAACAGAGAGUCCUAAUGGAAAUGGUGAUCAAACCCGUGGUCCCUGCAAAAUAUUUGGACAACAAAACCGUCUACCAUCUCCAGCCAAGUGGUCGCUUCGUCAUUGGAGGACCACAGGGUGACGCUGGUGUAACAGGAAGGAAGAUUAUUGUAGACACAUACGGUGGCUGGGGGGCUCACGGUGGCGGAGCUUUCUCUGGCAAAGAUUUCUCAAAGGUUGAUCGCUCUGCUGCCUAUGCUGCUCGCUGGGUGGCCAAGUCUCUGAUUAAAGCCAAACUGUGCAGGAGAGUUCUGGUUCAGGUGUCUUAUGCUAUCGGAGUGGCCCAACCUCUGUCCAUCUCCUUGUUCACCUACGGGUCCUCUCAGAAGUCAGAGUCAGAAUUGCUCAAGAUUGUCAACAAGAACUUUGAUCUCAGGCCAGGAGUCAUUGUCAGGGAUCUGAACCUGAAGAGGCCGAUUUACCAGCAGACAGCCUCUUACGGCCACUUUGGCCGACCGGAGUUUUCUUGGGAAGUGCCCAAAAAGCUUGUCUUGUAAAUACUCCACCAGCCUGUCCUGAUCUCCACCUGGAUGCUGAACAAGACUCCUCUUCAUGGACUACAACUUCCAGCUCCAAUACAACUGAUUGAACACUUUUUUAACAGAAAAACAAAACAAAACAACUGAAACCACAGUUAGGGAGGGAUAAGUCAGCUUUCAAGAUGUGAGAAGGUAGUUAUACGUGUGAGCAGUUGUAGCCAGCAGACAUAUGAAGGAACAUCCUCCCAGUGAGGAGAGGGACAUUGCAGAUGGCAUCUCAGUAACUAAUCUUUUUUCACUGUCCUUUCCGAGGCCAAAUAACAUCCAGGUAUCGGUGCUUUAAAAAUACACAUACAAUCACUAGUCAAAGUCAGUAAAGGGACAGUACAAUAGUAAAAUAUAAAUAC